CAAUUAAUUUAGAAGCGGAAAGAAUGGGAAUAAUCAACGCCAUUUCUCUCCCUUACAAUGGCGAACUUCGUGUCGGAGAUACAAUUACUAUUCAAGACAUCGAUUUAAAUGAUUUAGGAAAUGUCAGCCACAGAAUAACCGAAACCGAGGCAAUUAGACAAAACAACGAAAAUCCCCAGCAGCCAUUUUUCAUUUUUCAAGGCACUGAUUUGCAAGAUGGCGAAAUUAUUCCGGUAAAUAUCGGACACCAAACCGCUACUUAUCAUUUAAACAGAAGCAUGAAAAUUAACGGAGAUAACAUGGAAGCAAUUACUUUUCCUGGUCGGCAGAAUUUUUGUUCAGGCACUGAAUUUCCUUUUGCUCCGAAUGAUAAAGGAUUAAAUAGUUUAAUUGGCAAUGAAACCUAUCUAAAUAAGGAAAAUUUAUAUGUCAUUGUCAGCAGAGAAGACUUUUACGAUUCUCUUAUCAUAGCAGGCAAUUUCAAAGUCACUAAUGCCGACGGAAUUCGUCGCUUUUUGGAAAAUGGAGCCAAUCAAUUCAAUUACCAAAGCGUUCCAACUAUUUCGUCAACCAGGAAUACCCGCGAUAGUGAUGGCGGUGAAGGAUUAAGGAGAGGGCAAAAUUGA